UCUGACUCAGAUCCGGUCUAGCGUCCCCCACCCGAACGAAGAAAAGAAACAAAGCGGGGACAAAAGCAAAAAAAUCGGGAGAAUUAAAUUAAUACCAGAUAUUCUUAGUGAUAUAUAUCCAGAAGACUUCUUCUUGUGAGAGACAGCCCGUGUUUGCUGCUGAGAUACUUAAUACUCAAACGGCACUUUUUUUUUCUUUUUUCUUUUUUCGGGACGAAUCGAAUCGGUCGCUUCCCGACGUCACUGCCCCUCUUUGACGAACCUCUGUGAAAGAACUUCAUAUCUUUUUCUUACGUUCUUAUUCAUCUCCCCUCGGGCCUUCGACGAUCUUGUUCAUCUCUCCUUCUUUUCCCCUAUAAUAAUUCCGUCGUUUAUCGAAACUCGAGCCCAGGACGAAUAGCAAUCAUGGCUGUGCGUGCGCAAUUCGAGAAUUCCAACGAGGUCGGUGUCUUUGCGACUCUCACCAACUCAUACGCCCUCGUGGCCAUCGGUGCGUCGGAGAACUUUUACAGUGUUUUCGAGGCCGAACUCCAGGAUGUCAUUCCUAUCUGCCAUGCCACCAUCGCCGGUACCCGCAUUGUCGGUCGGUUAACUGCUGGAAACCGCAAAGGUCUUCUCGUCCCAACCUCCACCACAGACCAGGAACUGCAGCAUCUGCGAAAUUCACUACCAGAUUCAGUCAAAAUACAACGGAUAGAAGAGCGUCUAUCAGCGCUCGGGAACGUCAUUUGCUGCAACGAUCACGUCGCGCUCGUGCAUCCUGAUCUGGAGAGGGAGACGGAGGAAAUUAUUGCCGAUGUACUUGGUGUCGAAGUUUUCCGUCAGACUAUCGCCGACAACGUCCUGACGGGUUCAUACAUGGCCCUUUCAAACCAGGGUGGUAUCGUCCAUCCCAAGACCUCCAUUCGUGACCAAGACGAGCUCUCUUCGCUUCUGCAGGUUCCCCUCGUUGCUGGUAGUGUCAACCGCGGAAGCCCCGUUGUCGGUGCCGGUAUGGUGGUGAACGACUGGCUGGCUGUUACUGGACUCGAUACGACUGCCACUGAGCUGAGCGUCGUCGAAAGUGUCUUCCGCCUGGGUGAGAUGGAGGCGAAGGGUCUGGGCAUGGGCAAUGUCAACAAGGAAAGUCUGGUUGAGAGUUUCUACUAAAAAAAGAAAGCAAGGGAACCCUUCUGGAUUCCAAUGUACUCAACUCUCCUUUGGGCGUAGCGGAUCUCGUUUCUCGCAUGCCAGAUCGGAUGAUGAUGACGAUGACGAUGAAUGUUCUAAAAAGACGGCUCGGGAACUUCA